CGUAGUUUUCUCAAACGUCAAUCCAUAAAAACAAACAUGGCGCAAUGGGGAACGAGUUCAGAAUCAGGAAUUUUGCGUAAAAACAAACCCAAAGAAAACCACGAAGAUCUCCUAGUCUUCGGGUACGCUUGUAAACUGUUCCGCGAUGAUGACAAAGCUUCCUACAUUGAUAAAGGCCACCAUCUUAUUCCAUGGAUGGGUGACGAAAAACUCAAAAUUGAUAGGUACGACUGCAGAGGGGCUUUGUCGGAUCUUUCCCCGUACGAAGCCAGCAGAGAGGGUUUCGACGCCAUGAGAUGGCUUGGUUUGAGUGAAUCAGAAAGGAAGCUUGAACAACUAUGUGAUAAAGAGCGGUACUAUUCUUUGCAUAUCAAUGAAGAGGAGGAACAGAUGUACAAAGAGGAAGAACAAAAGAGACAAAAGGCCAAUGAGUUCCAGUAUAGUUACGAUGUUCCUACUGAUCCUGCUCAAGAAAUGGCACCGACUGUACCAGAGGCUGAAGAGAAGGACGAGAAGUUUGUACCGCCGCCAAAUUUGGAUGUGCCCGUUGACAUUGCAAUUCCUAAAACUUUGAAAGAAAACAUCCGGAUUGAGAAAACAGCGCUGUUCGUGUGCAAGCAGGGACCGCAGAUGGAGAUCCUGAUCAAGGCGAAGCAAGCAGAUAAUCCCCAGUUUGGUUUUCUAAAUCAGGGACAUCAGUUGUACAAGUAUUACCGGCAUGUGCUAACAGCCAUCAAAAGUGGGCGUUAUCAAGUGACCUCAUCUCUUAAAAAAGAGGAAAAGCGCGAGGAGAGUACAGACACAAGUACUACCGAGGAGCACUACCUUCAUCCAAGCCUCGUGUCGACCACCUCCCAACCGGAUGUACAAACCAGUGCAAUACCGACAAUACCAUACAAGCCUUCGGCCAAUUGUUCCUAUUCACAAUUGGUUAACAGGAUUCAAGGGAGCAACCAAACGGACACUGCACAAGCCGAAGCUGCCAAGCCGCCGGAAGCGUUCACCCAAAUGACGUACGAGCAACAGCAGUACUACCAGUACUACUACACUACGCAGUACUAUGAAUACUACAAGCAAUUGGCGCAGUACCAACAAGGAAAUGGACAAGGGCCCAAUAUUCAACCCCCAGAUACGCAUCUGGACCCAGCCGUGCAAAAUUACAUCCAGCAGAUGGCGUACACUCAAUACAUGCAGCAUCAGUCAUCGAACAAUAAUCCUUACGCUCAAAUCGUUUCAAACGUCAGCAAUAAAGAAGUGUCAAAUCCGUACCCUCCUUUAACUGAUCAGAUCAAUCCCACCAGUGAAACUAAAGCACAAGUGCCAAAAACAGAACCAGAAGUUCAAGAAGUGGAACCCGUAAGAAAUACUAUUCUUUCGUUAGCACAAUACGGGUCUGAUUCCGAAUCCGAGCAAGAGGAGAACGACUUUAAAGUACCAUCGGGAGAAGUCCAGAUCGUCAUUGACAAAAUGGCGAGCUAUGUGGCGAAAAACGGCGUCCAAUUUGAAGAAAUCGUCAAAGCUAAGGGCGACCCGAGGUUCGAGUUCUUGAACGAAAAUCACGAGUACUACAAGUACUAUAAGAACAAGAUUAAGAACACCCUAGAUACCGAGAAAAAGGACGUCAAACCUACACCCCCCACGCCACCCAAACCAAAGGAAAAGAAAGUCAUAGCACCUGUAAGCUUCUCUAUCAAGAAACCCAAAGACGAUGGUGCUAAAGAAAUUAAGAGUGCGUUACCCGUAGAAGAAAGCGAUGAUGAAGACACAAACAUGUCGGAACCAGUGGCGUCUGUUGCCACGCCCACUAGCGACACAGCCAUUAAAGAAGCAGACUCGUCUAAUGACGCCUCAGAAUCUAGUCAUAACAAGAACGGUACAAUCUUCGACGCUGAUGACCCUCUUCUAGAAAUGAUCGAUCUUACCGAUGACAUAGAAGAGAGGAAAGACGCGAAAAGAGCUGAAGACAAAAUCAAAGACAAACUGGCAGCAGCCGCUCGCGAGAAGAUGGUUUCUGUGGCGCGAGAUCGCGCCUUGCAGCUCGAGCGAAAGAAGAAAGCGGCGGCCUUCCUCAAGUUGAAGUCGGCAGAAACCAGCGUUCCUGAAGAGGCGAAGAAAGAGUCAACACCGCCAGCCGAAGAAGCGAAGGAGAGCAGGAAACGGUCAAAGAGCAGAGAAAGGAAAAAGGAAGUGGUGCAAAUCGACGACUCUGGGGACGAAGAGGAACGAAAAAAGAGGGCUUCCAAAAAGAAAAAAUCACACAAAAGGAAACAUUCAAAGAGCAAGCACGAUUCGAGAAGCAAGAAGAAGUCGAAGAAGAAAAGGAGAAGGUCGGAAUCGUGCAGUUCUUCCAAUUCAAAAUCCUCGUGACCCCAUAGUACAAAUACCACUGUAUAUUUUAUUUAAAAAAAAGCUGUAAAUAUACACUAUUUUUUAGUUUA